AUGAAUCCUGACUCGUCUCGCCUUGAUACAAAGUCCACAAAACACGACAUUAGCGCAAACUCUGUCGGCACUCUCUUGCCUGCAGUGCUGGAUUCGUGCACACUAGGAGUUCUGUACUGCGCACAAAACAAACCGCCCACCCUCGGCCCGGGCGAAAACUCAACCCAAAAUCAUCGCAGCAUUCAGAGACAAGACAUCAAGAGACCAUUAUGUUUGACUGAUCUACGGGCACGACGACAUAAUCGAAUAUUCAACAGCUGCCCGCUCGUUCGCUCAAGGGGCCGAUGA